AUGCAACUGCCAAGAAGUCAGCUGCAUCUAUUGCUCCUUCUGCUAACAGCUCAGCAGCCAAGUGACACCGUCGCCUUUGGCGGCAUUGCGCAGCUGGAGCAUGUGCUGCAUUUGAUACUGACACGCAGCUGUGCGGCGCACAAUCAAAGCGUCUAUGUGAGCACCGGCUAUCGGGAGCAACUGCCGAAGGAGCAAGCCCGUCUGGUGGAUCGCGUGGUCGAUCAUGUGCUGCGACGUCACAGCCAGGUGCCGAUGCUGCUGGACAGACACCUGAAGCCGCAACUCAAUUUGCAUGUGCAGCUGAUGCUGUUCUUUGUGCAGAGUACGGAACAAUUCAUUCACUCGGCAGCGGGGAAUUCAGGCGCCACAUCAACGUUCAAACACAAGUUUUUGGUGGUUCUUCUGUCGCGAUCCGAUGAUGAAUCCUCAAAGGAAGAGAUGUCACAUCUGUUUAGUUAUAUGCUCCAUCAGCGUCUCAACAUUGAUGUGCUGCUGUUACGUUGGCAACUCGAUGCGGGCAGCGUGGAAAGCUUCACCUUCUGGCCAUACAGCGAAGCUGGCUGCGAGUCCGUCGAACCCAUUUUGCAGCCACUACGCGGAGCACGCCUCGAGGAGCUUUAUCCGCAAAAGGUCGGCAAUCUGUACGGUUGUCCAUUGGAUGUGAUUGUGUGGCAUGUGCCGCCGUACAUCGAGCUGCAUUUGGAGCGUGGCACGGAGUUGGAACAACAGCUGCAGGGUUGGGAUGCGAAGCUGUUGCGAUUGAUGGCGCAACGCUUGAAUUUUCGUUUGCGUCUGGUAGCCAACGAGCCGCCGCAGCUAAUUGGCGGCGAGAGUCACAUGAAUGGCAGCUUCACCGGCGCCUUUCGCAUGCUCCGCCAGCGUCGCGCCAAUCUCACCUGCGGCUGUGCCGCCUGCCUGCCAGCGCGAGCUAAAUUCCUGUCGCACACCGUUUCUUACAAUCAGGUGGAGUAUGUGAUUGUGUUGCGCACUGGUCGAGCUUACAGCAACUAUGAGAUUAUGUUGUUUCCCUUUGCCUGCUCCACUUGGUUGCUGUUGCUCUCCAUCGCUGCGUUGCAUCUGCUCCAGCGUUUGUUUUGCCCCAACUGGUGUCUGCGUUUGCCUUCACCCAUCCAGCUAGGCAUCGUCAUGCUGUUGUAUGUGCUGCGUGUGAGCUACGAGAGUUCCAUCUUUGAGUUUGUCCACAAUGCACCGGUGCGUCCGUUGCCCCAAACCGUGGAGCAAGCACUCCAAGCGGACUACAGCUUCAUUGUGGAUCAUGCCACACAUCGCAUGGCCGCCUGGCUGCCGAACUUGAAUCGACGCACCCACAUUCGGCCCGGCAUGGCUGUGGAUAUGUUUGAGUUGCUGCUGAAGCAGGAGCCGCUGGAUGGCAAUUGGGGCGUGCUGAGUAGUCGCGAUUUCUUGGACUACUAUUUGGCCGGGCAUCGCGAGCAGCGGCAUCGCUUCGUUGUGCUCCAUCCGAAGGUGAUGAACAACAUUCUGUGCAUGCAUCUGCCGCUUGGCUCUUACAUGGCCUCCAUCAUCAGUCAGCUGCUGUUCGAUCUGCGCAGCUUUGGCAUCUGUCAACAAGUCUCGCAGUUUGUUACGCCCUCAGUAUCGCGAGAUCAUCAUCAGAAGGAUGCUUUCGGGGAGUCGAUGCGUUUCCUUUACGCCGCCUGCUAUUGCCUGCUCUUUGCCAAUACUUUCGCACUUGGCGUCUUUGCGCUGGAGCUACUCUCUCUGCAUUCUCGCUUUCGAUGGCUCAGCUGCUUCUUUGAGCGUCUCUAA